AUUCAGUACCAAAACUGUUCACAUACUGGUCAUCUCUUAUGCACGUUGGUCGGGACACGCAGGAUGGUCACCUGAAAAUUAAACAUGAGAUUUUUACGCCGGAAAAUAGCGAUCAUAGUUGUUUUGGCUUAUGCGAUAUUUUCGCUGUAUGCAGCGUAUAAUGUUUUUUUCAACAAGAGGGUUAUUUCUCGCGUUCAUCGCGUAGUGAAAAAGGGCUCUGCGAUAGGUAAGACAAUGAAUCAUCUCACAGAUAAUGGAAGAGCAGGAGAGGAAGAGUGGAACCCAUGGGAAGAGGAUGAGCGGGCACAUUCCUUAACUCUGCAAAAGCGGAGAGAUGCCUUCAGAUCGUAUCAAGAUCAUGCUGUGAAAAACAGGCCAAAAACAUAUAAAGUUCAGAUCUGGGGAAAAGCAGCCAUUGGACUGUAUUUGUGGGAACAUAUUUUAGAAGGGCCUCUCAACCCACCGGACAAAUCCAGCCAAUGGAGAGAAGGAGAGAUUCAGUCUGGGAAGAUCAAUUUCAGUUUCUACACAGGGCCAGCAGUGGUCCAAGGCCACGUUUCUCUCGACACAGACAGUGUGGUGUUGGUUUUGAAUGGACGUGAGCAGCAGAAAAUCUCCUACUCCAUCCAGUGGCUGCAGCACGUCCAGGGUCUGGUGCAGAUGCGCUCCGUCUCUCGGGUCGCUGUGGUUCUUUUGGGAAACGAGCAGUGCAGUAACGACUGGAUCGGUCCUUACCUUAAGAGGCACGGUGGGUUUGUGGACCUGCUUUUCCUUGUGUACGACAGUCCUUGGGUUAAUGAUAAAGACAUCUUCCAGUGGCCCCUGGGUGUUGCCACAUACAGACAUUUCCCUGUAGUCACACUUAGCGGUCAGAUGGUGAAAACUGCCAGACCUUACCUCUGCAACUUUCUCGGGACUAUGUACAAAAACUCCUCCAGGGAAACUCUCAUGGGUGUCCUAAAGCAGAAUGGCAUAGAGAAAGAUUGCCUCAUGCAUGUUAGAGAUAAGUGGCUUCCUCAAGAGACUGCAGACACCUCCAGACAGUACCAGAUGGCAUUAGCACAAAGUGACCUCACUCUUUGUCCGGUGGGAGUGAACACGGAGUGCUACCGCAUCUAUGAAGCCUGUGCUUAUGGCUCUGUGCCCGUGGUGGAGGACGUCCUGACUCCAGGGGCCUGUGCAGUUGGUAACCGGUCCCCGCUCCGACUGCUUAAAGAUGCAGGAGCACCCUUCAUCUUCCUCAAGGACUGGAGGGAGCUGCCUGCCAUCCUGGAGAGGGAGAAAGAAAUGAACCAGAAAGAAAAAACAGAGAGGAGGAUGAGACUACUGGAGUGGUACAGUGGCUUUCGUCAGCAGAUGAAAGAGAAAUUCACAGAGGUGUUGGAAGAUGUCUUUUUCAAAAUCACCUAGGAUUAAUUUGGGAAACUUAAAAGGGAUAGUUCACCCAAAAAUAAAAAUUCUGUCAUCAUUUGCUCAACCUCAUGUUGUUCCAAACCUGUAUGACUUUCUUUCUUCUGUGGUAUGUAAAAGAAGAUAUUUUAAAGAACGCUGGUAACUGUUUUAGUCAAUGGGACUAGAAACGAUUCUUCAGAAUAUCUUGUUUUGUGUUCCAUAGAAGAAAAAAAUGCAUACGUUUGGAAUGACAUGAGGGUUAUUAAAUGAAUACAAAACUUUCAAUGCAGUCUCACAUAAAGAAUAAAAAGACAGUGAACAGAUGCUAUGCAUCAGUGUCCAAUUUGUUGUCACUUAUUUUUGGCGUUGUUCAUUGAUUCGGUUUGUAUACAGUGAUUUACUUGUCGAUCUUAUACAUGUGAAAUAUAAGAUGCUACUGUAUGUUCUUGGUUUACCAUAUGCUGCUGUGCAUUAAUGCCCUCCAUGUUUACUGUAAAGUAUUAAUUUAUUAUCAUCAGUCAUGAUGUUUCAGUGAACAUAACAUUGAAUUUUUUGUUUAUAACCUAACUAGGCUACAUAGACCGAUAUUUAAUAUUGUUAACAUUUCAGUUUUGCUCACUUAAAGGUGUUUUUAGCUUUUAGCUCCGUGCAAGUUAUUAAAAGAAUUUAAGUUUA